GCGUCUGCACUGCAACUAACACCAAAAAUGGGAGCUUAAAUGCUCAAUUUCAACACCCAUGGGCGGGAAUGAAGUCGCUAUCUUCAAUUCAAAACUUAAACAUUUGAAAUUGAUUAUAUUUUUUCUAUAAAAAUAGGGUUUCAUAAAGUCUCUCUCGAUACUCACUCAACAUCACAUGCUCCCUGUCUUUAGCUCAUGUUAUACCUGCCAUGGUAGCACUAGCUAGUACCACAACCUUCAUAAAAUAGAAACCAUUAAUUAUUCUGUCAAACUUGUGGGGUUGUUUUCUUUACAUCAGAUAUUGCUCUGAGCCUCUGACAUUCCUCAGAUCUUUGCACUGCUGCUUCCUAUUGGGUUUCAAGCUUCGACAUUAGUUUCAUUUUAUCUGGUCUCCGGUCAAAGUAGUGCAGAAGCAAAUGCGAUUCUGCUUUGAAACUUAGAGGUCGAGCGAGAUGGAGAAGAAGAGUUGGUGGAAGCGGAAGUCCUCUGACCGGAGUCCUGGUGAGACAGAAAGUUCCACUUCAAUAUCUUCACAUUCCGAGAGUAACUCCGAUGAAAAGGUGGACCAUGACAGCUUACAGAAAUCACAAUCAUCUGAAGUCACCUCAAGAGUUUCAACCCCCAACACAGAGACUAAUGACAGUUUCAAAAAUCUGACAGAAAAGCUAUCAGCUGCUCUUGUUAAUGUCGGUGCUAAAGAAGAUUUAGUCAAACAACAUGCCAAAGUUGCAGAAGAAGCUGUUGCAGGUUGGGAAAAAGCAGAAAAUGAAGUUACAACAUUAAAACAACAACUUGAAGCAGCUUUACAACAAAAUUUAGCUCUUGAGGUUCGAACAAAUCAUCUUGAUGGUGCUCUUAAAGAAUGUGUCAAACAAUUAAGGCAAGCAAGAGAAGAGCAAGAACAACGUAUCAAUGAGGCUUUAGAGGAUAAAAAACAUGAAUGGGAACUAACAAAAAAGAAUCUUGAAAUGCAAAUUUGUAAUCUCAAAGCAAAAUCACAAGUCAACAAAUCCGAAUGCUCCCCUGUUGAUCCAAAAAUCAUCCUAAAGCUUGAAACUUUGGAGAAAGAGAAUUCUGCCCUAAAGUCUGAGAUCAUCAUCCAAUCAGAAGAGCUAGAAAUCCGGACCAUUGAAAGGGAUUUGAGCACACAAGCAGCAGAAUCUGCUAGUAAACAGCAGCUAGAAAGCAUAAAGAAAGUGGCAAAACUUGAAGCAGAAUGCAGGAAGUUGACUUCAUUGACUCGAAAAUUGCCUUCUGUUAAUGAUAAUAAUCAUAAAGCUGUUUCGAUUUCUUCUUUUUAUGUUGACUCUCUCACAGACAGUCAAUCAGACAGAUCAGAAAAGUUAGAUGUUGACUCAUUCAAAGUCAACAAAUCUGAGCAUAAUGAAAAUGAUGAUUCAUGGGCAUUGGCGCUAAUUGCUGAGCUGGAUCAAUUCAAAAGUGGAAAAUCUGUGGCAAAAAACGUUGAAAUUAGUAAUAUUAUGGAUGAUUUCUUGGAAAUGGAGCGAAUUGCUUCUUUAUCAGAGGCUCAGAAUGAAACAUCGCGUUGCAAUUCUGAAACUGAAGAUAUGAAAAGUGAAGUUGAAGUAUUGAGAAUGAGGGUUUGUGAAUUGGAAGAGAAAUUAGAAGAAUUAGAGGCUGAAAAAGGUGAACUUGAGAGUGCUUUGAAUGCAAGUAAAGAAUCUCUUGAUGAGACAAAAAGUCAAAUGGUUGACCUCCAAAAGGAGCUGAUGAUGGUGAAUGAGUCAAAGAAGUCGGUUGAAUCUAGACUUGUUGAUUUGGAAAUGGAGGCCCGAAUCAUAUCUUCAGAAAAUGAUUCGAUUAAGGAGGAUAUUAAAAAGGAAAGAAUUUUGUCAUCUGAAAUGACAAUUAAAUGUCAGAGAUUAGAGAAGGAAGUUAUGAAGAAAAGUGAGGAGUUUAAGCUUCAGCAAUCUGCCAUUUCAAAUGGUGAAUUAAAAGUGAAACAAGAUCUUGAGGUGGCAGCAGCUGAUAGGCUAUCUGAAUGCCAAAAAACAAUAUCAUCACUUGCACGACAGUUGGAAUCUUUAGCGACACUUGAAGACUUUUUGAUUGACACUGCAAAUCUCCCUGGUUUUUCUAAUGGAUCAUCUGUCUCAAAAACUAAAACUGGAGUUGAGCUAUGGAAAUUGCAUUCAAAUGAUACUUUCAUGCCUAAAAAGACUUUACUUCCUGCAAAAGAAGAUGAAAGCAAUUGCAGUCCUUCAAUGGAUGAUGAGUCACCAGGAUCUUCUUCUUCUUCUUCUUCAACUUCAUCUGGUCAUUCUAAAAGUAACAACAGUUUUGAAAAGCUGUUUUUGAGGAGUAAGAAUGGAGUUCAAGGUGAAAGUCAUCAAGGGUAAGAAGUAAGAACAUAUUUAGUGUGUAAUAAUUGUGGAUUAAAUUGUGUUUAGUGAAAAUGUGAGUUUAUUGAAAGGUUUUUAGACUCUA